CGUAGAUCAAGUAAAUAUACUGAAAGUUCGUAGGUGUUGUCUGCCCUGCAAAAUUCCUUCACAGAUCUUUCGACAGCUUUGGCUUAACGAAAAUGUUUGGCCAUCGUGGAUCUGUUUUAUCAGAUAAAUCAAAAACUUCACGAGCAGAAAAAUUUAAAAUAGGACCAAAACCCAGUGACAGACUAAAACCUGCUGAUAAAAAGCAAGAAAAAUCAGCAAAGAAAAAACAAGCAUCAAAAAAAGUUAACAAAUUUGCUCAGCUUCUGCACGUGCAAGGAACCAAGGUUUGCUUAGAACUCAAUAACAAGGGAUAUAGAGAAAUUCCAGAUGGUGUUUUUGACCUAACAGACCUUACAUGUUUGUUUAUGCUAAACAAUGAUAUUGAUCGUCUGCCAGAUAGUUUUGUAAAUCUUUCAAAUCUUGAAGCCCUCAUUCUUACAGGAAACAAUAUACAUGUUGUCAAUCGACAAAUUUUUAACCUCACUAAAUUGCAGGUACUUGAUCUGUCAAAUAAUGAAAUUUCAACAAUAUCAUCUGAAAUAAGUUGUCUAAGAUGUUUAACCCAGUUACUCCUCAAUGGAAAUAGACUAGAAAAUCUACCAUCAACAUUAGGAGAUAUGAAAGAGCUUUGUGUUCUUGGUCUUAAUGAUAAUAUUCUUACUUCACUACCAGAUAGCUUGGCAAAUCUUAAGCAUUUACAAAUAUUAGCUCUAGAAAGAAAUAUGUUGGAGUUCCUCAAUCCAUCAGUUUGCAAAAUAGAAAGUCUUAGGCGCCUGGGUUUAACAGGAAAUAAGAUGAGUAAUUUACCUCAUGAAAUUGAAGGUAUGACUGACUUACAGCAACUUCUACUUGAUGAUAAUCAGUUUGAAUUUAUUCCUAUACAGAUAUUCUGGCUGCAGGAACUGAUUGAACUUUCCUUUUGUGGUAACAGUAUUAUACAGAUUCAGCCAGAUAUUAAAAACAUGACCAAGCUUAAAGUGCUUGGGUUGAGUAACAACAGACUCACUGAUCUGCCACAUGAAUUGAUGCAGCUUACCCAAAUUGAAAAGUUAGCACUAGAUAAUAAUUGCCUAACAAGCUUGUCUGAAGAUAUUGCUAAUCUUUACUGCAUGAAAGAACUUAAUCUUGGCUCCAACAACCUCACAGAAUUGCCUGAUAGUAUCAGCCUAUGUUGCAGUUUAGAGAUUCUCAGUGUUGUAAACAAUAAAUUGACCAAAUUACCAAUAGAGCUGGGCACAUUACAAAAACUUCAUACUUUAAUGAUUUCACAAAAUGAAUUUACUUCCAUUCCUGUUUGUGUUGGAGCCCUAAGAGUACUACAAGUAUUACUAGCAGAAGAUAACCAAAUAGAAGAAGUUCCAGAGACAUUUGCUGGUCUUCCACAUCUCAAACACUUCAAUCUUAGUGUCAAUCGUAUCAGUAGCUUUCCCUUAGCUAUAUGUAAGGUGCGUUCUCUUGAGGUACUGGAUGUAUCUUGCAACAAUCUAUUGGCUAUACCUAAUGAGAUCAGCAAUUUACAAAAUCUUCAGGUCUUAAAUCUAAAGGAGAAUCUUCUAGAGGAAAUACCACCACAGCUAUACAGUCUUCACAAGCUUAAAGGCCUUGAUCUAUCUGAUAAUGCACUUUCUGAAGUUCCUUCCAAUGUUGCAGAAAUGGCAAGCUUAAAUGAAUUGAACUUAUCAAAUAAUCAGUUUUUUGAGUUCCCAAAAGCAGUUUGUAAUGUUCCAAACUUAAUAACUCUUCGUUUUGAUCAGCGAAAUGGGAAAAAAAUAUCUUCAUUGCCAGAAGAGAUUGGAAAUCUAAAAGUCAAAGAAUUAAUAGUCAGUUAUAACACCCUGCGUACAUUUCCAAAUUCUAUCAAUGGAAUGUCAAAUCUUACACACCUCUAUGCAGAUCACAAUGAGAUUUGGAUUCUUCCAGAUUCUAUAUGUGAAAUGCAAAAAUUGCAACUCCUUCAUCUCAAUAACAAUAACCUUACGACUCUACCUAGAGACUUUGAUCAACUUAUCCUAUUACGAGACCUUCGGCUGUAUGAAAAUCAGCUCAAAGUACCACCAAUGGAUGUCUGUGUCAGUGGAGUUUUGCAGCCUAUCGGCCUUUUUUUAAGAAAAGCAUUUAAAAGAGAAGAGCUCUUGAUGGAAAGAAUGUUCCAAGCAAUUAAAGAGGAUCUUAACAAAUCACAGCUGCGAUCUUUGCUUAAAAAGCUUAAAGUACCAGAAAAUCAUAUUAAUGAAUUAGAAAUGAGGUUUGCUGGUAGAGAUCAAGUACCAGACAGAGUUGUUGCUAGUUUGCGACAUUGGAAAGAAUACUUUGGGCCUAUGGCUACAAUUGAUGAACUUAUUAGAAUAACACAUAUUAUAAACUUUGAUCAAGUUGCUACUAAACUUAAAACAAUGAAGAUUUUUUCUCAGCGUCUAAGACUUUAAAACUGAUUCUUAAAUAACCAUCACACAAAAAAAGGAGUUGGAUAAGUAUAUAAUACACAAUUCUCAAUAUAUAUAUAUAUAUAUAUAUAU